AUGAGGCCUACAGAAGCCUGCUACGUCUUAAAAAUCAGCCUCUUGAUUCUUUUCUAUGUUGGCUGCUUUGCCCAGAAACAUCCCAGUAUGGACAUUGCAGUAAUCUUGGUAGGCACCUCAGACGAGGUAGCCAUCAAAGAUGUUCACGAAAAAGAUGACUUCCACAAUUUGUCAGUGACACCAAGGGUGGCUUUGGUAACUAUGAAUGAAUCUGACCCUAAGAGUAUCAUCACACGAAUCUGUGACCUCAUGUCUGACAAGAAGGUUCAAGGGGUCGUAUUUGGUGAUGACACUGACCAAGAAGCUAUUGCUCAAAUUUUGGACUUCAUUUCUGCUCAGACCCUCACUCCCAUCCUAGGCAUUCAUGGUGGAUCAUCAAUGAUUAUGGCUGAUAAGGAAGAAUCAUCAAUGUUCUUUCAGUUUGGGCCCUCCAUUGAACAACAGGCCUCUGUUAUGCUUAACAUCAUGGAGGAAUAUGACUGGUACAUUUUCUCCAUUGUCACAACCUACUUCCCUGGGUACCAAGACUUUGAGAACAAGGUGCGGAGCACCAUCGAAAAUAGCUUUGUGGGUUGGGAACUAGAAGAAGUUAUACAUCUGGAUAUGUCUUUAGAUGACAAUGACUCUAAGAUCCAAAACCAACUUAAGAAGCUUCAGAGUCCUGUGAUCCUGCUGUAUUGCACAAAAGAAGAAGCCACCUAUAUAUUUGAAGUGGCCAAUUCAGUGGGAUUAACAGGCUAUGGUUACACAUGGAUUGUACCCAGUCUUGUGGCUGGAGACACUGACACUGUGCCUGCAGAGUUCCCUACAGGACUCAUCUCAGUGUCCUAUGAUGAGUGGGACUAUGACCUUCCUGCUAGAGUGAGAGACGGGAUUGCUAUAAUUACCACCGCAGCUUCUACCAUGUUGUCUGAGCACAAAUCCAUUCCACAGUCCAAGAGCAGCUGCUACAACAUUCAAGAGAGUAGACAUGAUGAUGCCCAUAUGUUAAACAGGUACUUAAUCAAUGUAACGUUUGAAGGACGGAAUCUCUCAUUUAGUCAAGAUGGGUACCAGAUGCAUCCGAAACUGGUUAUAAUUCUUCUCAACCAGGAAAGAAAAUGGGAAAGGGUUGGCAAAUACAAGGACCGGAGUCUACAAAUGAAGUAUUACGUGUGGCCAGUGUUUGAACUGUAUCCGAAUUCAGAGGAGCAUAAAGAUGAACAUCUGAGCAUCGUUACAUUGGAGGAAGCUCCUUUUGUCAUUGUAGAAGAUGUUGAUCCACUGAGUGGCACCUGCAUGAGGAAUACAGUUCCCUGCCGCAAGCAGAUACGCAUUGAGAACCGUACAGAAGAAGGAGGAAACUACAUCAAGAGAUGCUGCAAGGGGUUCUGUAUUGAUAUCCUGAAGAAAAUAGCUAAAACUGUGAAAUUUACCUACGAUCUGUAUUUGGUAACUAACGGCAAGCAUGGGAAGAAAAUUAAUGGCACAUGGAAUGGAAUGAUUGGGGAGGUGGUAACAAAACGAGCAUACAUGGCUGUUGGGUCCCUUACCAUCAAUGAGGAGCGCUCAGAAGUGGUGGAUUUUUCAGUGCCAUUUAUAGAGACUGGUAUUAGUGUCAUGGUGUCGAGAAGCAAUGGAACAGUCUCUCCCUCUGCAUUUCUUGAGCCCUUCAGUGCUGAUGUCUGGGUCAUGAUGUUUGUGAUGCUCCUAAUUGUGUCUGCAGUGGCGGUGUUUAUAUUUGAGUACUUCAGUCCAGUGGGGUACAACAGGUGCCUUGCAGAUGGCCGAGAGCCUGGUGGCCCUUCGUUCACAAUUGGCAAAGCCAUCUGGCUACUUUGGGGCUUGGUAUUCAACAAUUCUGUGCCUGUGCAGAAUCCAAAGGGGACUACAAGUAAGAUUAUGGUGUCGGUUUGGGCCUUCUUCGCUGUGAUAUUUCUGGCCAGUUAUACAGCCAACCUUGCUGCCUUUAUGAUCCAAGAAGAGUAUGUGGAUCAGGUGUCCGGUCUCAGUGAUAAAAAGUUUCAAAGACCGAAUGAUUUCUCCCCCGCCUUCCGAUUUGGCACUGUCCCGAACGGCAGCACAGAAAGAAAUAUUCGUAACAACUACCUCGAAAUGCAUACUUAUAUGGUGAAAUUUAACCACGAUCAGUGCAAGAUGCCCUAUUGUCCUUUAAAAACUGGUAAACUGGACGCCUUUAUUUAUGAUGCUGCUGUGCUGAACUACAUGGCAGGGCGGGAUGAAGGCUGUAAACUAGUGACCAUUGGUAGCGGCAAGGUCUUUGCAUCCACUGGUUAUGGCAUUGCUAUCCAAAAGGACUCUGGAUGGAAAAGACAGAUUGACCUGGCAAUCCUUCAGCUAUUCGGUGAUGGGGAAAUGGAAGAGCUGGAAGCCCUCUGGUUAACUGGCAUUUGUCAUAAUGAGAAGAAUGAGGUGAUGAGCAGUCAGCUGGACAUUGACAACAUGGCUGGAGUAUUCUACAUGCUGGGAGCUGCUAUGGCUCUGAGUCUCAUCACAUUCAUAAUGGAGCACCUCUUCUUCUGGCAGUUCCGUCACUGCUUUAUGGGAGUCUGCUCUGGAAAGCCAGGCCUAGUAUUUUCUAUCAGCAGGGGCAUAUACAGCUGUAUUCAUGGAGUUCCUAUUGAAGAUAGACAGUCUGCCAUGAACUCUCCGUCAGCAACAAUGAAUAACACUCACUCUAAUAUACUUCGUCUUCUGCGCACUGCCAAGAAUAUGGCUAAUCUUUCUGGAGUGAAUGGUUCUCCUCAGAGUGCAUUAGACUUCAUACGGCGAGAAUCUUCAGUAUAUGAUAUAUCUGAACACCGGAGGAGUUUUACUCAUUCUGACUGUAAAUCCUUUCAGCCAGAGGAGAAUCUUUUCAGUGACUAUAUAUCUGAAGUGGAAAGGACCUUCGGUAACCUUCAACUUAAAGACAGCAAUGUCUACCAAGAUCAUUUUCAUCAUCAUAGGCCACACAGUAUAGGAAGUAAUAGUUCUAUUGAUGGGUUGUAUGACUGUGAUAACGCUCCUUUUACAACACAGCCAAGAUCAUUGUCAAAGAAACCUUUAGAUAUAGGCUUGCCAUCCAAACAUCCAACACCACAAAUAGGUGAUCUUUAUGGAAAAUUUUCAAUUAAAAGCGAUCGGUACGGAGCCCAUGAUGACUUAAUUCGAUCAGAUGUUUCUGAUAUAUCAACACAUACAGUCACCUACGGCAAUAUUGAAGGUAAUGCAAAAAGGAGAAAACAAUAUAAAGAUAGUUUGAAGAAGCGCCCAGCAUCCGCUAAAUCACGUAGGGAAUUUGAUGAGAUAGAAUUAGCCUAUCGUAGACGCCCAAGAUCUCCAGAUCAUAAGCGUUAUUUUAGAGACAAAGAGGGAUUGAGAGAUUUUUAUCUGGAUCAGUUCCGGACAAAGGAAAAUAAUCCACACUGGGAACAUGUAGAUCUAACAGAUAUCUACAAAGAACGAGGGGAGGAUUUAAAACAUGAAAGUUCUUGUUCUAACAGGCAACAUCAGAAACAUAGUGGGGAAUUUGGGCAGAAUGAACGUAAACAUGGCUCUGGAGGAAAUGCUUGGGAGAAAAAUAUUGGUAAUAUGGAGUGGGAAGACAGAACUUCAACCAACUUCUGUCGCAAUUGCCCUUCAAAGAUGCACAACUACACAGGGCAAAAUGCUAAUCGCCCAGCAUGUAUUCGUUGUGAGGUGUGCAAGAAAGCGGGAAACCUUUAUGACAUCAGUGAGGAUAAUUCUCUACAAGAUUUAGAUGCCAGACCAAUACCACCUGCCAAUUCCAAAUAUCCCCAAAGUCCAUCGAAUGGAAAAGCCCAGAAGCGUAACCGAAGUAAACUUCAUCGCCAGCAUUCCUAUGACACUUUUGUGGACCUUCAGAAAGAAGAUGUAACCUUAGCACCCCGCAGUGUCAGCUUGAAGGAUAAGGAACGCUUCUUGGAUGGUAGCCCAUAUGCCCACAUGUUUGAAAUGCCCAAUGAAUCCUCUUUUGCCAACAAGUCCCAUGAGCCAAGCCACAAUCCUGGGGGAUACAUGCUCAGUCGUUCCCUUUACCCUGACCGAGUCACCCAAAACCCAUUUAUUCCCACAUUUGGGGAUGACCAGUGUCUGCUGCAUGGGAGCAAGCCCUACUAUUUUAGGCAACCUGCAAUUGGUGGCUUGAAGGGAAGGUCGGACUUCCGAGGGACUGGUAAAUCACUCACUGCUGUACAUGCAGGUCCCCCAGGACGUUUUCAAAAAGACAUUUCUAUAGGGAACCAACCCAAUGCCUGCGUUGCAAACAAUAAGAACCCCAGAUCUUUCAACAACUCAACCAAUGGCCAUGUGUAUGAGAAGUUAUCCAGCAUUGAAUCUGAUGUCUGA